AUGACUUUGUUCGCUCUUUUUGCCCAGAUUCAAGUUGGUUCUAAAAUAACGUCACAAUUUUUUUAUCGCCUUGCAAUUUUUUGUGCUUCUCAUCGGACAUCGGUAAUAGUUCUAGCAAUCUUUACAUUUCUACCUUUGUGCUAUCCUGCCUUCGAUACCUAUUACUUAAAUCCUGUGAGAGAUGCCAGCAAUACGCUUUUUUGGGAGACACCUUCAUUUAGGUCACAGGUAUCGAAGGAAAAUUUCGUUAAAAAAUAUGGCAUUCAACCUUCAUUUCGCGUAGAGCAAGUUAUAAUAAAGAUGACCAACUCGAAAAAAUAUAAUAAAGGUGGCAAUGUUGGUGUUUUAGAAAAAGAGUUAUUAUUAUGGACUUUAUGUCUGCAAGAAAGAAUAAUGAAUACUGUUAUAAUGUACUCAAGCCAGCCCUCUUCAUUGGUUGCCGAAAAAUAUACCCUUUCGGAUAUAUGUCUCAAACCUCUUGAUAGCAAUACAUGUUUAGUCCAUUCACCACUUGAUUAUUGGUUCAAUGAUGCCAACCAUCUUGUUUCUGACCAUUCUAUUCUUAAAACACUCUCGCUAACAAACAAAACAUUCCCUCUUGGGAUGUCCGUUCCUUUAAGCUCGAUCUUUGGAAAUGCAGUGCAUAAAGAAGGGAAAAUUGUUAGUGCGGACUCGAUAGUAUUAACCUAUUUUUUGAAAGACAUAGAAGAUUACAAUGAAAGUCAGACAAUAGCCAUUUGGGAAGCGAUUUGGGAACAAAUUACAAACGAUACAGACACUGCUUUUCAACUUGUUGAUGAUAACACUAUAAGUGUAAAUAUGAAUCGCCAAGGAGAACUAGUAUACUUAGCUUUAAAUGUAGGAAUCUUUUUAUAUUCGCAUUUGCAUCAUCCUUUACGCCGUCUUAGUUUGCCAGAAAAUUGUCAUUGA